AUGCAGAAUCUGAACUCGAGGCUUGCCUACCGGGAUCCGAUGAUAGGUGCCGGCACGUCAACCGCUCCCUCCGACCCUGUUCCGGCUGGUCCCGUGGUUGCCCCAGCCCCAUCAGAACCCUGCACCUGUGACAAGUGCACUCCGGUUCGCCGCACCGGUCAACGAGGACAACGCCGCAACCGCAAUGGAGGGCCGGCUCCCCGCCAGCGACCUCGGCCCCGAGGUCGUAACUCGGACCCCACGGCAUCGUCCGCCUCCAGCCUGGCUGCCGAAAUCAAACAGGCCGCUCCCGCCAGUCCCAUAGUUGGUGCCCCUGCCCCGGCGGCAAGUGCCGCCGCUAAACCAGCGGUCGCAUCCAGCGUCUACCCGCGGGAAAUUGCCAACUCCUUCCUGAACGCGGUCAACAAGUUCAUCUCGGUUCCGGCGGCCCCAUCGGAAAUGGUCGGAAGCAGUGCCCAAGGGCAGCAACCGGUUGAUCCGGCGAGGACCAUCUCGAAGACUAUAGCGCGCGUCAUCGAUUACAUGUAUCCGGAUCAGGCGCCGCCAGCGGCUUCCGGUCCGGCUUCGGAACUGGUCGGUAGUGCGGCGCCGAAAGUGUCCGCGCCAAAACAGAGUGAUUUGCAGUUUGUGGAGGGGAUGCAGCGGAUGUUGAACACGUACCAGAAGGAGCUGGUCGGGAAGAAGAGUUGUUCUGGUCAGGGGCGUUGUAGAUAG